AUGUCCGGCUACGACCGAGCUCUUUCAGUAUUCAGUCCCGAUGGACACGUCUUCCAGGUUGAGUAUGCCAUGGAGGCUGUAAAGCGAGGUGAGAACAUCCGUCACCCUUACCACGCCGAUGGAACCUGUGCCGUCGGUGUCAAAGGCAAGAAUAUUGUCGUUCUCGGAUGCGAGAAGCGCUCCGCUCUCAAGCUUCAAGAUACUCGGAUCACGCCCUCCAAGAUUGCGAAUGUCGACGAGCAUGUCUGCCUAGCAUUUGCUGGACUGAACGCCGAUGCCCGUAUUCUCAUUGACAAGGCCCGGCUAGAGGCACAGUCACACCGUUUGACGGUCGAAGACCCGGUCACCAUCGAAUAUAUCACAAAGUACAUUGCCGGUGUCCAGCAGCGCUACACACAAAGCGGUGGUGUUCGUCCAUUCGGUAUCAGCACACUCGUUGUCGGCUUCGACAAGAAUGACUCUACACCACGCCUCUACCAGACCGAGCCCUCGGGCAUUUACUCUGCAUGGAAAGCCAACGCUAUCGGCCGAUCUAGUAAGACGGUCCGUGAGUUCCUUGAGCGCAAUCACCAGGACGAUAUGGACCGUGAGCAGACGAUCCAAUUGACGAUCAAGUCAUUGCUUGAGGUUGUGCAAACUGGUGCAAAGAACAUCGAGGUCGCCAUCAUGACGCCCGGGAACCGCGUGGAAAUGCUGCCCGAUGACCAGAUUGAGGCUUACGUGAAGAGCAUCGAGACUGAGAAGCAAGAGGAGGCGGCUAAGAAGAAGACCAGCCGGACUGGGGCUGCCACAGCUGCUAUCCUGACUCGGCCCGGAGGUGGUGAGACAGCCGAAUAA